UUUAUUAAAUCACUUUAACAAUGUACCAGCAUGGCACAAAGCAAAUAAUUUAAUAUGCUGCUAUAAAACGGCUGCUUUGUUCAGCACCUUGAUCUUUUCAACCGCAGAGAAUGUAGCCUAUUACGGUACAUUACGUAAACGCUGAGCUUCUGUCAGGGGUGCAUAGAUCUAUCAGCUUAGCAUUGGAAUCAAGUGACACGAGCUUCAAAUGCAAAACGAUGGUGUGGUGUAACCGUUUGGGAAUUCGGAUUAUGAUUUACACUUUUAAUAGUGGUUACAUUUCCUCACAAAAUGUACCUUAAUAUGAUAUGUAAAAAUGUCGGGAAAGGAAAACAACAGCCCUAUGCAAUUGGAAAUUAAUUUAUCAAUAUUUACUGUUUUGUGGAAAAAUGUUUUUAUUAGAAUGCUUUUUUUUUAAGAACAUAAAAAAUCAGAAAAUAAAAUACAACUGUAAAUAUCAUCAUAGGCCGUGAGCUGGUAGUUUCAUCAAAAGCAAGGGAACUGAAAACCUCAGAGAAAGAGAGAUAGAGUCGUUGGCGUUUAUUUUACCAGUAGCCUACCUUAUGAAAAGAGGAGGCUUGCCCUAGUAAGGACAAAGCAGGGAUAGAGUCAAAACGCAAACUGUUAAUUCCGCAAACUGUUCUCACGAUGUUACUGAAAUGGUUUGUCAGUGUUAUAACAUUGCCACUUAAUUGCAGCAACAUUGUGAGAAACGUUUUGUGUUAGCUGGGACGGCGAGCCAAGGAAAUUACGAUCCUCCUUUGAACGUCACAGCACGGCGGAUCGCCGUUGUCCGCGAAAAAUUCAAAAAGGGGCUCAAGUUCAUGCCCGGAUGUUUGAUCACGGAAACCCCUUUUCGGCAGCUCCAGAGAACGAGGUUCUUGUAAGCGCCGCGUUUGAGUAAAGAUGAAAACCAGGGGUUUGCAACCAAACCGAGAAUGGCUCGACGAGAUCUUAACACCAAUGGAGACCAUACGGAGAGAUCGGAUGAAACCCUGUUCGUCUCAACCAGGAGAACUUUCCAGGAGGCCAGCAACAAGCACAAACUGCAGCGUCUCCUCUACUACUGAACAAGGAGAAAAGGACAGGGGAAUUGUGAAUCCAUCUUCUCUUCUCAACAAGUGCUGUGAUGUGAGAACUCUGAAGUGCAGGCAGACAAACCCCUCUCACAGAGCAUGCCUCUGAGCCCGGCAUCCAGCAAACAUGAGCCAUCCGACCAGCAGCGGCAGGAGGAGCUGCAGCGGCAGUGCGCUACCAACGGCAACCAGGGGGACUCCGACAGCUCCAGAGAAGACGCCGUCUACGACUCCGCCGCCGCCGCCGAGAGCCCCCCCGCAGGACCCAUGGAGGAGCCCCGGGGCAACGCCGUCGUCAUCCGCAUAGGGAUCCCUGACCUGCAGCAAACCAAAUGCAUGAAGUUCAACAUAGAAGCCCCCAUAUGGUCCUCCAAGCAGCGCAUCCUAUGUACUCUGAAUCAGAGCCUGAAGGACGUGCUGAACUACGGCCUCUUCCAGCCGGCGUACAACGGCAAAGCCGGCAAGUUUCUGGACGAGGAGCGUCUGCUGAAAGAGUACCCCCUCCCCGCCAUCGCCCCCAUCCCGUACUUGGAGUUCCGCUACAAGAGACGUGUGUACACAGAGGCUUAUGUAGAUGACAAGCAGUUGGCCAAGCUCCACACCAAGGCUAACCUGAAGAAGUUUAUGGAGCAUGUCCAGCAGAGGAACGUCGAAAAAGUGGCAAGGGCGCUGGAGAAGGGGCUCGAUCCCAAUUUUCAUGAUCCAGACACGGGAGAAUGCCCGCUGACUCUGGCGGCCCAGCUGGAGGGAUGUGCAGACAUGAUAAAGGUGCUGAGGAGUGGCGGCGCCCAUCUGGACUUCAGGACCAGAGACGGGAUAACAGCCCUGCACAAGGCCGUGAGGACCAAGAACCACACCGCCCUCAUCACGCUGUUAGACCUGGGCGCGUCUCCGGACUACAAGGACAGCCGGGGACUCACCCCCCUGUACCACAGCUCCAUGGUGGGGGGGGACCCGUACUGCUGCGAGCUGCUGCUGCACGACCACGCCCAGGUGGGCUGCAUGGACGAGAACGGCUGGCAGGAGAUCCACCAGGCCUGUCGCCACGGACACGUGCAGCACCUGGAGCACCUGCUGUUCUACGGGGCGGACAUGAGCGCGCAGAACGCCUCGGGGAACACCGCGCUGCACGUCUGCGCGCUCUACAACCAGGAUAGCUGCGCCAGGGUCCUUUUGUUUCGAGGGGCGAACAAGGAAAUAAAGAACUACAACAACCAAACGGCAUUCCAGGUGGCUAUUAUUGCUGGGAAUUUUGAUCUGGCUGAAAUCAUAAAGAUUCACAAACUAUCAGAUGUUGUGCCUUUCAGGGAGACCCCCUCCUACACCAACCGGCGGCGCGUGCUGGUUAGCGGGACCCUGGCGUCGCCCCGCUCGCUCCUCCGCUCCGCCAGCGACAACAACCUCAACGCGGAGGGACGCGGGCCCCCACACUCGCCCGUGCCCUCCCUGCGCAGCCUGCCGCCGCUGGCGGGGCAGCCGGGGGGCGAGGGGGGGGCCGACAGCAGCCUGCAGAGCACCGGCAGCUCCCGCAGCUCCCACUCCCGCUCGCCCUCGCUGCACCGCGUCCAGGAGGAGGCCGACAAGCUCAGCCUGAGGAGGCACGCCCGCGGGAGGCUCAGUCCCAGCACGGUCCAGCGGGACCCCAGCCCCCCUCCCCAGCCGCCGCCGGCCCUGCCCGGGCCCCGGGGCCCCAAGAGGAAGCUGUACAGCGCCGUCCCCGGGCGCACCUUCAUCGUGGUCAAGCCCCACACGCCGCAGGGGGAGGGCGAGAUCCAGCUCAACCGCGGGGAGAGGGUGAAGGUGCUGAGCAUCGGCGAGGGGGGGUUCUGGGAAGGCUCGGUCAAGGGCCGGACGGGCUGGUUUCCUGCGGACUGUGUGGAGGAGGUGCAGAUGCGACAGUAUGACCCGCGUCUCGAGACAAGGGAGGACCGGACGAAGAGGCUGUUCAGGCAUUACACAGUGGGCUCCUAUGACAACUUCACCUCCUACAGCGAUUACAUCAUCGAGGAGAAGAACGCCGUCCUGCAGAAGAAGGAGAACGAGGGCUUCGGGUUCGUGCUGCGGGGGGCGAAAGCGGAGACGCCCAUCGAGGAGUUCACGCCCACGCCGGCCUUCCCCGCGCUGCAGUACCUGGAGUCCGUGGAUGUGGAGGGCGUGGCCUGGAGGGCGGGGCUCAGGACCGGGGACUUCCUCAUCGAGGUGAACGGGGUGAACGUGGUGAAGGUGGGGCACAAGCAGGUGGUGUCCCUCAUCCGGCAGGGGGGCAACCACCUCCUGAUGAAGGUGGUCUCCGUCACCCGCAAGCCUGAGUCGGAGGAGGUGGUGCGGAAGAAAGCUCCGCCACCCCCCAAGAGGGCCCCCAGCACCACGCUGACGCUGCGCUCCAAGUCCAUGACGGCCGAGCUGGAGGAGCUGGCGUCCGCACGGAGGAGAAGAGGGGAGCGGUUUGACGAGAUGCUGGCCUCCCAGGAGCCGGUGGCGAGGGCCCCCGUCGCCGAGGUCGACUACAGGGCCGCCACGGUGAAGCAGCGGCCGACCAGCCGGCGAAUCACGCAGGCCGAGAUCAGCUCGCUGUUUGAGCGUCAGGGGAUGGUGCCUCACGGCGGGCUGCACCCGGGACUGGACAAGACUCACAUGCCGCUGCCCAAAGGGAUGUCCCGGACCAAGUCUUUCGGGGCGUCGGAGGAGGACCGGUUGUCAGCCUUGGUGGGAGAGGCUCGGUUUCCAAGGAGCUCGUCGAUGACGGACAGCCUGAGAGACAGCCACAGCAUCCCUCCGCCUCCCCAGACCGCGCCCCCUCCUCCCCCGUCCCCCUACUACCAGGACACGCCCCCGGCCUUCUGCCCGCCCCCUCCGCCGGGGCGGGGCCACGACCAGGGCCGGUCCAGCUUCAAGCCCGGCGCGGAGGCCAAGCUGCACGCCCUGGCGCAGGCGGCGGCGGCGGCGGAGAUCUACGACCCGCCCCGGGCCGCGGCGCACGCCGAGCGGCAGAAGAAGGCGCGGUCCAUGAUCAUCCUCCAGGACUCCUCCCACCUGCCCGUGGAGCCCGCCGACCUGCCGCGGCUGGGGCCCUCCGCCGCGCCGCCCGAGAAGAUCAAGAGGAAAGGGCGGGUCAUCGACAACCCGUACGCCAACGUGGGCCAGUUCAGCAUCGGCCUGUACACGCCCACCAAGCCGCAGCGCAAGAAGAGCCCGCUGGUCAAGCAGCUGCAGGUGGAGGACGCGCAGGAGCGGGCGUCGCUGGCGCUGGCCGCCGCCCACUCCCGCGAGCACUCCCCCACGGGCCGCGUCCCGCACACCAGCCGGGCCGAGUACUACCAGCAGCAGCUGCUGCAGGAGCGGGCGCGGGCGCAGGCCGAGGGGCCCUUCUCCGCCGUCAUCGCGGGCGCCGUGCGGGACCGGGAGCGGCGGCUGCAGGAGCGGCGCCGGUCCACCGUCUUCCUGUCGGUCGGCACGGUGGAGGGCGGCAGCUCCGCCCACGAGCUGUCGCCCUCGCUCACGCAGUCCCGCUCCAUCGACGAGCGGCUGCUCAGCCGCGAGCUGGGCCAGCUGCCGCCGCCCGCCCCCGCCCUGGCGCCCCGCGCCCUGCCCGGCGGCACCACCUUCAUCCACCCGCUGACGGGCCGGCCCCUGGACCCGCACUCCCCGCUGGCCCUUGCGCUGGCCGCAAGGGAGCGGGCGCUGACGUCCCAGAGCCAGUCCCCCGCGGGCAGCCCCGAGGCCAGGACUAAGCACGAGGCGCCGGGGCCGCUGUUCGUCGACACCCAGACCAAAGAGGCGGAGCGCUGCGAGGCGGAGGGCGGGCCCGUGUCUCCGCCCUACUCCCCCCCGCCGGGGGCCAAAGCGGGCUACGGGCCCCCCUCGGGCGCGGCCGCGGCCCCGGGCCCCUCCAAGAGCCCGUGGGGGAGCCCGGCGAUGCUGCGGAAGGAGCUGGACCCCAGGGCGGAGGGGCGGAAGGACGACAGGAAGCAGGAGGACAAGAAGAGCAUGAUCAUCAGCAUCGUGGACACGUCGCAGCAGAAGACGGCCGGCCUCGUCAUGGUCCACGCGACCAGCAACGGGCAGGCGGCGGAGCUGGGCCUGGAGGAGGCGUCGGCGUCGCCGGCGGGGACGCCCACCGAGGCCCCGAAACCCGCGCUGGGCGAGCUGAAGCGCGGGGCGUCGCCCGUCCCGGCGGCGGCGGCGAUGGCGGCGGCCGGCCCGCCUCAGGGGAGCCCCGCGGCGGAGAAGAAGGCGCUGGCGCAGGGCAGCUCGGAGGAGGACGUGGAGCCGUACACCGUCACCCUCCCGCCCGCGCUGCUCUCCUCCAGCGACGAGGAGACGCGCGAGGAGCUGCGCAAGAUCGGCGUGGUGCCGCCGCCCGACGAGUUCGCCAACGGGCUCCUGGCCAAGCAGGCCGCCGCCGCCGCCGCCGCCUCCGGCCCGCAGCUGGCCCGGCUGGCGGCGCCCGCCGCCCAAACCCAAGCAGCAGCAGCAGCACACCCCCCCGCCGGAGGAACACCCUCAGGGAAGCCCUCGGACGCCCACCUGGGGCCCGAGUCGGCGGCCGACUCCGGGGUGGAGGAGGUGGACGCCCGCAGCUCCAGCGACCACCACCUGGAGACCACGAGCACCGUCUCCACCGUCUCCAGCAUGUCCACGCUCUCCUCGGAGAGCGGCGAGCCCACAGACACCUACAGCUCCUACGCCGACGGGCAGACUUUUAUACUCGACAAGCCGCCAGUGCCUCCCAAGCCCAAACUCAAGUCCCAGCUCGGCAAGGGGCCGGUGACCUUCAGGGACCCCCUGCUGAAGCAGUCCUCGGACAGCGAGCUCCUCUCGCAGCAGCACGCGGCGGUGCUGGCCGCGGCCGCCAGCGCCGGGCGACCCCGCUACCUCUUCCAGAGACGCUCCAAGCUUUGGGGGGACCCCGUGGAGCCGCGGCUGCCCCCGGGCCCCGAGGACGGCAAGCCCACUGUGAUCGGGGAGCUGAGCUCCCGGCUCCAGCAGCUCAACAAGGACACGCUGGGGACCCGGGCCUCGCUGACCGGGAGGAGCCCCGUGGGGAGCAGUACCCGUCCCUUCUCUGUCUCUCCCCCCCCCCCUCCCAGACUCUUCAGCAGUUUAGGGGAACUCCACACCAUUUCCCAGAGGAGCUACGGCACCACCUACACCAUCCGCCCGGGCAGCCGCUACCCCGUCACCCGCCGGACGCCCAGCCCGGGGAAGGGCUCCCCGGACCGGACCGACCCGCUGGGGCCCAUCCGGGGCUACGGCCUGGCCGGCUCGCCCACCACGCCCCCCACCAUCCUCAAGUCGUCCAGCCUGAGCAUUCCGCACGAGCCCAAGGAGGUGCGCUUCGUCAUGCGCAGCUCCAGCGCCCGCAGCCGCUCGCCCUCGCCCUCGCCCUCGCCCCUGGGCUCCCCGCUGCUCGCCCUGCGGCCCUUCCACCAGAAGCCCCUGCACCUGUGGAACAAGUACGACGUGGGCGACUGGCUGGAGAGCAUCAACCUGGGCGAGCACCGGGACCGCUUCCAGGACCACGAGAUCGAGGGCUCGCACCUGCCCGCCCUCACCAAGGACGACUUCGCCGAGCUGGGGGUGACGCGCGUGGGCCACCGCAUGAACAUCGAGCGCGCGCUCAAGCAGCUGCUGGAGAGCUGACGCAUCGCCCGCCCCCGCCCCCGCCUCCUCCUCCUCCUCCUCCUCCGCCACAGCCACCGCCACCGCCCCCGCCUUCACCUGGCCCCGCCCCCUUCUCUUUCCCUCGCGACGUUCCGUCUGCUCGUCGCGUUUGUGCUCUCGAUACUGCGCUGCGCUGCACUGAACAGGAGACGGAAGAGAAAGCCAUCCAGCCGUUCCCCCAUUGGCCAUACCCCCCCUGGCCCCGCCCCUUCCGCUCAAGAGCCUGUCAACCUGUCUGUCGUUCUGGAGUGGCGUCCGCUGCAAUCACUGCUCGAAGCCACAAAUCUUCCACUCGGUGUCCAGGUGCGUACCGACCCCCCCCCCCAGCUCCCAGCCACCUGUGCUGCGUCCUCACCGGUCUCCAAGGGAUACCUGCUUUCAACCAGAAGGGUCUUGCUUGAAAUUUCGGUUGCCUUUCAAAAUUUCUUUCAAGGAUCUUAUACAAUCAUGAACAAAAGAGUCCUUUUUCCUCAGUGAGGAAUUUUUGAAAGCCUCACACAUUUGCAGUUUUAGUUUUUUUUUUGUUUUUUUUUUGGAGCAUUUUACAUUCUGGCGAUGAGAGCGGGGGACCAGAGCGGUAAAACUACUGCUAUUCUCAAACCUUUUUACUGACAGCGAUAUCUACUGCGUUAGAAGAAUGUUUAACUGACAUAAGUGGCUUUUUCCAUCGUCACCAUUUUUCUUUGGAAACACCAGACCAUAAUACACAUAUACAGGACAGCUCUGCAUUCUACAGUGAGUUCAUUGAGCGCACUUCCUGUAUGAACUAAAAUCGAGAAUAUAGAAGAACCUUUUCAAAUUUAUUCCACUGGUAAUUUAAUCAUGUUUUUACGGUUAUAUAUAUUUGAAAGGAAAAAGUAUAUCUAUAUAAAAUGUGUAAAUAUACAAUUUUGUUAUCAUUUUACUAAAACUAUAUCUGAUAUUAUGAACAGAGAACACUGUUAAAAAUGAAUCUUCCUUACGGUGACAUUUUUUUGUAAUUUAAGUAGCAUGGGAAGAAGUUGAAUUAUUCUGUCUCUCCUGGACUGGCGUUUUUUUUUUUUGUUUUUUUUUUUUGCUGGUUUGGUUCUCGUCGCCAUUUUGUGAAACGUGGUCUUCCAUCUUCCGUGAGGGUCACCCACAAUGGAGCAAAGACCUGCAUGACUGAAACCCCCCCCCCACCACCCUCCACCCCCCCCCCCAAACUAAGUCCCGCCCACCCGUUCCCAACGAGCAGCGAGGGCCCCCGCCCUCCCAUUUUUUGACUCUUAUACACUGUCCCUUUUCGUCCGUCCAGAAGGUGUACUGUCAGAGGCGAGACUUUUCACCAUAACUUUGCAGAGCGGCCACUUCCUGGUUCAGUGGUGGUGGAAGGAGUUGAUUGGAUGCCGAGAAUGAUGGGACAUGGGACACCUCCACUAAAAACCCUUGUUCUCACGCCCCCCCCCCCGCCCUCCCAGCACAGAAUACCUGUCUCCUCCACCGAGUCUGAUCCCCCGCCCCACCCCCCCUCCACCCCCCAAAGGGGUGCACAGGGAGAUGAGUGCAGCAAUAACCGAGGGGUGGGGGAGAAGGUGGGCGAAGGGCUCUCUGCACACACGCUGCUAUUCCCCCCCCCAAAAAAACGAUAAUGGUCUUUCCCGUGUCACCAUACUAGGCCAUCUGAGACCAGCCACAGGACUGUGGAGGGAGGGGGGGGGGGGACAUGAGUGGGUGAAAGGAAGGAGUCGAUACGAUAUCAGCAAUUGUAAGCGAUCCUCACCAAGGGCCACUCUCACAGGACACACUGAGACUUUGUCGUUCGGAUAUUUUUUGUUGUUGUUGAUGUUUUUUUGGUUUUUGAAUUUUUUUGAAUUUUUUGGGGAUUUCUGAUUCAUUUUGGAUUCUUUUUUUUUCUCUCAUUGGUGAGUUUUUUUGUAGCUUGUGGAAUUAGGCUUAGAAUUUGGAAAAUUUUUGUAUUCGUUUGCAAAAGCGUGAAAUUUCAGAACGAGGAUUUACAAAAAGAAAAAAAAAAGACUUGGUCCUCUGAACUCCUUACAUGUAUAAAUAUGGAAGAAUUACAAAUAUUUGCUUUUUAUAUUAAUCACAAGUAUUGUAAAUAUAAUAGUUUUCAUAUACAUUUUUAAGCAAGAAAAAAUAUAGAUAUAUAGAUAUAUAUAUAAAUAUAUGAAUGUUUGGCAUAUAUAUGCAUAGAUAACCACCUGUCAGAGAGGGUGAGAAAAUUUUAUUCUUUCAAAGAACUAUGAACUAGGGUGUGAUUUGCACAAAACAAGGUGCUAACUCAAAGCCAUCCAUCUUCAUAGAGCCACUCCUGUACCCCCCUAGUGGAUCUCCGCCUAGUUCAGAAGCAAGUUCGGUUCAGUCCCCCCUACGUUUCCGCCGUGACGCUCGAGUUCGCUGCGUGUCCGAACGCAAGGACUCGCCCAAAAUCCCGUCCGUUCUCCUGAGGUGUGCGGCUGCCUUUUGAGCUCAGUCCCAGGGGGAGCCUCUUUUAGCCUUAACACCAGCUGAGCUGUCUCAUCCUUAGACCCCCUUAUGUCAUACCCCCCCCCCCAAGACCCCCACCAAAGACCCACCCUUCCUUGCGACAUGCCGUGCGGCUCAACUUUUAAGUCGUGAUCCCAUUGUGCUCGAUGGUGAAGCUCUGUGUGGCGCCUCCCCCUAGUGGAGGUGAGCGGUAUGACGCCGACUGCAGUCCUUCAUCCCCAUUGGGGAGUUCUACAGCAGGCCAACCGAAACGCUGUGCUGCCAAAUUAUCAGCAUUUCUACCAGACGGACGGACGUCGACCGUAUGUGACUGAAUCGCAUUUAAGCGUGUUAUUUAUAUCCAUAACAUGGCUGUCUGUGUGACCUAAUGCUAAAAAAUUCAUUUCCAACUGCCGUGGAAGAGGUUACUUUAAAAAAGUAACGCACUUUUUCCACGUGCACGGUUCAGCUGUCCUUACUUAGAAGCCAAAAUACUUUGAAAGGGUUUCUGUUUCAAUUACCAAAUUGUUAUAAUGUCUACUAAACUCAAUGGUUAUGUAAUAUUGCGUUUAAAGCCAAACAGCAAGCCCUACCAACUUCAAAUCUUUUCUUCGACGAGUCACUCCAGGGUAUUGUUUUGGGAAGUGGUAGCAGGCGGAGGGCGGUUACCCACCCCCAUCUGCAUCCAGUGUUUAACACCUUCCCCAUUCCAUACUCUGGCAAGUAUGCAGAUGUUUUAUGUACUGACCCAGGUUGUCAGCACCUUAUGGGCAAUACUGGAAAUUCUGACUCUCUCAUUGUUGAAGCUCAGUGCUCUGAUUUGCUGACUCAUAACGAACGCAAUUUGCUCACGAUUUCAAAAACACGUCCAUCGGUAGCGUAGCAUCACAGACGGAACCUUAUGGUACCAGCCCAACGUCGGACAGACGGGACACACCGGAGCGGAAUAUCUCUCCAAUAUUACAGAUUAUUAAUGUUGAACUGAUAAACAAAUGUUUAUUUAUGGUUUAUUAUUAUUCAGUUAUUGAGACGGAUGUCUCUGUAGAAUAAUAAUGAUCGGUGUCAGUGUUCUGGGGCACCGGAGCUGGAGCCACAGAAUGAAUGUUGUGCUCAGUGUCAGUUAAGGGCCCAGGAGUCUAAAACACAGACUUACAUAUUCAAAUCGCACUGCUUAUUAACAACCAUUAGUUUCAUCUGAACGUAAGCGCUGGUAGUUUCACUUUUGGGUUUUGACCGCUUCCAAUUUUUCUGUAAUUUAUUUUGGAGGUUACGUGUGUUAUGGGAUGAUAGUAACUGUUUUCAAGAAGAAGAAUAAGAAAAAAAUAAUAAUAAUGUGCCAAAAAAAUAUUUCACUUUUAACUGUACUGCUGUCUUUGCAAAUAUUGCAUUCAUGAUUUUUUUUUUUUUUAAAGCUGUUAAGACUCAGCACUAUGGUGCCACCUCCUGGAAAUCUUGAGUACUACGGGCUGAUGAGAUAAUUUGCUGUAUAGAAUCUUUUUUGGUGGACAUUCUGAAGUUUUUAUGUUUUGUAAAGGAAUAUAUAUAUAUACACACAUAAAUACCUGAUUUUAUGGGAUUUUCAUGAACAUUUUUAUUCAUAUUUUGAGACAAGGUAUGGAAGCAUCUUUUGUUAAAGUGAAUGGUAGAAAAAAAUUAACUGCAUCUGACACUCAAAAAAGGAUUUCCCCCGAAACCCUGCUGAUCUCAUCAUUAACAUGUAAAGUAAUGGACAGAAAUACCAUUUAGACCUUAGCUGAUUUCGUGGAUUUUCAGUAAGGGAUUUUGGAAUUAAAACAAGGUUCGUAAGUUGACCACAAUCUAAUAGCCAGAUGCAAAACAGUAUGAAGAGGGGGGGGACUUCUUUCACAUGAAUUUGUUCUUUCAGCACUAUCAUCGAUGUUACUUUGAAACGACAAAGCACAACCGAAGUGGCACGGGUUCCGAGGGUUCAGAAUCCCUCUGGAGAGUCUGACAGGCUUUGGGGUGGUCGGCACUCGGCGGGGGGGGGGCGGGGGGGACUGACUCUCCAGAGGGAAGGUGGACUCCUGUCUUGCACUGUGAGUUCAGAGGGCAGGACUCGUUGAGCCAGUCCCUCGGACUCGCCUUUCAAAACCACAGCCAGGGUCUCUCUCCUUCGUUGCACUUUGCUCUCGCGCACACACACACACCUGAAGACGCCGCCUUCUGAGCGCCGGUCUUUGUCAAGAGG